UAACCUUUCCCCGGUAGUAAGAAGAAAAUGGCGGUCCGCUUGAAAAAUAUUUGCAAAAUCUCUCAACGAUUUAGGACUUUUCCGUGUAUUUAGACAACUGUAGUUGUGGCAAAACAAACGUUAAAGCAGUACAAUUAACCCUCAGGUCAUGUUUAAGUUCAGUCUUGGACAGGUAAGGUGGAUUGAUGUCUUCUUCGGACACAGCAAGUGCUGUCUUCGGGCGUGGUGAUCCUUUCUAUGAGCCUCCCUCCCGGCCAACUCACUACCACCCCUCAGCACCGAGGAAACUCUCCAAACGGGAAAAGAAAAUAACACUGAGCCCGUCCAGACUGCGUACAGAAGAACGUCCAGUACAGACGGCCCCGGAUGAAGCGUUUCUCCGGUCUGCUCCCCAGUUCACCGUCCCCACCCACGACACGCCCAGUCCGCACUCCUCGCGGUUUGACGAGUCAUGGCCGUCCAGCGAGCGCCCGUCCUCAGUGAUGACCCCGGAGGUGUCGCAGCCCUCUACGGACAGUGACUCUUCCUCCCAACCGUACCGUCAGGUCCCAGCACUGCAGCCAGCCAGGGGGAGGAUGGACAGACUAUAUCCACCUUCUAAACCAGAGGACAAGAAAACAGGAGGAGAAGAAUCUACCAUUUCUAAAUACAUAGAGAGGUUCCGACACGGCCAGCCCCUGAGUCGAGAGGAAAGAGAGAAGCGUCAGAAAGCCGCCGCUGAGCGUGACUUCUGGUGGCUGUCAGCUGCCACCACCUCCCCUUCUACACCAACCAGUACAUCCACUCCUACAGACGAUAGGACUGGACCACUCAGGGACAGGGGGAGGACUAGGAGGGGAGAAAGUCCACAAAGACUAAGGGACAGGUCACCAUCUACCCCUAAACAACCACUGACGUCCACACCAACAUCUGUCCUGCUGUCCCCCAUUGAGAAGGAGACCAGAGCUCUGCAGGAGAAAGCAGAGAGGCUGAUUGAAAGGAGUUCCAGUGCACUUAGUGAGCCAGCCGUCAGCUCAGAUGGACUCGGUCAUACCUCCACUUCCUCUGUCCCAACAAGCCUGGAUGAGCCAGCCUAUCGACCUGCAUUUGGACCACGGUUUUAUGAUAAAGAAAAUGUGCCAGAGGAAGCUCCACCAAUCAGUGCCCAGCUGCAGCCUCCUUCAUCCCGUCACCAUGGAGACGACAUCCUGUACCAGUGGAGGCUGCGCAGGAGGCUGGAGGAGGCGAGGAAGCCGUCUGCAGCAGCUGGGCCAUGGACAGGUGCAUCUCCCCCUGUCAGACUCAGCUCUGUACAACAGGAUGGGGAUCAGACAACACCACUCAGUGCCUUCAGACAGAGACUUGCAAAGUCCACUGGGAUUGAUAUAGUGCAACCCGAGCCCACCCAGGAAGCAGUGCCUAGGCCUUCCCACAAUGCACCAGUGCCUUCCCAUCUUGCAACAGAACAGGCAACGCAGACAGAGGUACCAAAGCCCUCCAUUGUGCCUUCUCAGGAAGAGACGAUUCCCUCUAGAUCUGAAGGUAACACGAGAAAACUAGACAUCUCUCCUCCAAGGAGAGUAGCAGACACAGUGCCCAUCGCAAGCCCGAGUCUUCGAGGUGUCUCAAAGCAGCCGGUCGCAGAAAGCGACGAUAUUGUUCCUCACCUGCAUCUGGAAUGUGACAUCAUACCAUGUCCGCAUCCAGAAGUGUACGAUCACGUGCCUGCUAGAGACCGCAAGACACAAAGCAGGUCACCUGAGGGAGGAAGAACAAGAGAGAGGAGAAGGGAGUUGUAUCGGGAACAAACAUCUUCUACAGAAACAAAAUCAGAAUCAGAUCAAGACAGAAGAACACAGAGACAAAGAGAGAGGGGCUCUGAGGAAUCAGGCAGCCUGGAGGAGACAUCAGCAGAAGAUUCUGAGGUUUAUUUUGAACAAACAGACGAGAGAAGAAGACAGAAAAGUUUCAGAGAAACUGACAGGGAACAGAAGGGCAACAAAGAGAAAUACAAACCGGAAAGAAGACAUGAAUCCAUGGACAGGUCAGAGAGGGGAGGGGAGAGAAAACUCAGACACAGAAGUCGGGAAGCUAGAGAGAGGGAGAGAGCAGGACACAAGCAGGGGAGAUCAGCACCACCUAGACACAGUAGUCCCAAGGUAGCUCAGUCACCUGUAAGGAGUGCCAUUGGACAGGUGGUUUCCCAGAGGUUGUUCACAACCCCACCAGGUACACCCCAGUCCAGCGUAGACAGCCUUCCCAGCACCCCUCCUCACCCUGUUCCUGUACAUCAGGAUCCCAGCAGGCAACUCCCACUGCAGCCACAGGGCAUCGCAGUACAUGCCGAUGAUCUGGAGUCAUCUGACGGGGAGGAAUUCAGCGAUGACCCACUGUUGAUGGCUCUCAGACGACAGAGGGCACAGUAUGAGGAGCAGCUCAGGAUUAUUGAUGAGUUACUGCUGAGAGCUGCUGACUCAGGAGACCAGGAGGGACAACACAGCUAAGGCUCCUCACUGUGGAACAGGCCAGGGGGCAAGAAACUAUGCAUGGAUCAUCACAGCAGAGUGACUGAAGAGUUUUGAGAGAAUGCUUCAUAGACAGAACAAUAUUUUCACAUCUUUUGAGUGUUUUGUUCUCUUUUGAAUCAUAUUCAAAUCCAAUUUGGGUCCCUUGAGAGUCACUCGGUGAUCGCCAUCUAGUACUCAUAACCUGAGCAACCAAAAUUGGAUUUGUGUGUUGAUCCACUGUGUUAUUGGAAUUGGAAUAUAAUGCACAAUAUAAAAGAAAAAGCAACAAGGCAUUCAAAGUGUAAAAAGGUUUGUUCUUUAUCUGUGAAGUUCGUUAAGCAGCUGCUAGUGGAUAGGGGGCGACAGUAACCCUAAGAGCAACAUCUUUGUUCAACACAGCUUUACAUGAAGAUCAGGAUGUGUACACGGUCAAUUUAGUGCCUUGUUAAAACAAAAAAAAAUGAGUCAGAAUUGAUAUGCUUCCAGAGUUCUACACAGUUCAACUCAGGAUAAAGAUCAUACAUGCAGACAGAAGAUGACAAAAACCAUUUCCAUGGUAAUCAGGAGUUUUGCUUGACAGUUAAUUGAUUGGAGGCAAACUGCCAUGAAGUUUUCAUCAUGUCUUGUCCUGAGGAUAGAAGACCCUGGAAGACAUCGGUGAUGCAGUACCAAUGUCUUUACAGCUGCAUGUUGAACAAGAUGAAGACACUGCAGGCAAGACAUGAUGGAAAUAUCAGUUUGUUAUGAUCCUGCUGACAGGAUGGGUUCAUCUUAAGGUCAAGAGCCCUGAAAGCAGAAAGUGUGCGUUGAUGAUACCUCCUUUUAAAGGUGUAAGAUGACUUGAAGAUGAAGACACUAACACUUGAGGCAAAACAUGGUAAUAUCUUCAUCCAUAACAUUGUAAGAGACCAAAAUAGAUAGAUUUACUCUGCAAGGUGAGAAAAAAAGUAUGCAUAAGAAUAUAGACUCAGCUUUUUUAUGUUUAGUUUAUGAUACAUCAACAUCCAAAUAUAGUAUUAUAUAAAGCAAAAUAGAUGAACUGGAUACAUUCUUUGAAGAGUCAGGUGCAUCAGAUAACAUCUGCUUUGUUUCAUAAUUGGUAACUGAUGAAAGAUGAUGGAUGCUAUCUGAAAUGUGUCUUAGUUAAGAGAAUUUAUCCAGUUGCUGUUAUUUUCUAUUAUGUCUAGGACAGUGUUUACAAAUUUAGGAUACUUGUUUACAAAUAUUAUUCAUAUUCAAAUAUUUCUGCUGACUGACAUAAUUUCUUCGUGACUCUGUCAUCCAAAUAAAGGAGAAAUAUAUUUUCAGUGUGAUGUUGCAUCAUGUGACAUCAAUUGCAAAAUGUUUGUCUUCAUCCCUGGAAUUCAUGGCAUUUUGUUCAGUGCAUUCUCAGUGUACAAAUAAAUUCAUAA